AAGAGAGAGAGGGAGCGAGAGAGACAGACACAGAGGGGGAGGUUGGUUCCUGAUACCGAGACACGGAAAAGCAGGGGAGGGAGAGUGAGAGAGAGAGAAAAGACAGGCGGAGAAAGAGGGAGAGAACAGGGGAAUUACACGAAGGGACACCAAAAAGGCACUGGGGAGGAAGACUCGAGAAUUUAGAACAUCAUCACUCUGACUGUCACGCCAAAUUGGAGUCAGAAGCAUCGAUAACGCUUCAACACAGACCCCAUGGGUUAACAGACUCUCUUCAGUGAGAAGCGACCUACCAGAUAGUCCAAUGAAUAACAGGAAGGAAGACAUGGAGAUCACUUCCCACUACCGACAGCUCCUGCGGGAGCUGAACGAGCAGCGUCAGCACGGCAUCCUGUGCGACGUGUGCGUCAUCGUGGAGGGCAAGAUCUUCAAGGCGCACAAGAACGUGCUGCUGGGCAGCAGCCGCUACUUCAAGACGCUCUACUGCCAGGUGAAGAAGGUGUCGGAGCAGGCGGCCACCGUCACGCACCUGGACAUCGUGACGGCGCAGGGCUUCAAGGCCAUCCUGGACUUCAUGUACUCGGCGCACCUGGCGCUCACCAGCAAGAACGUCAUCGAGGUGAUGUCGGCCGCCAGCUACCUGCAGAUGACCGACAUCGUGCAGGCGUGCCACGGCUUCAUCAAGGCCGCGCUGGACAUCAGCAUCCGCUCCGAGCUGGCCGACGAGCUGGCCGAGUUCGAGAUGGCCGCCGCCGUGGGGUCAGGGGUCGGUGGCGGAGGAGGAGGAGGAGGAGGAGGAGGAGGAGGAGGAGGAGGUGGAGGAGGUGUGGUGGUGGUGGCGGGCGGAGGUGUUGUCGGCGGAGCCUCGGAGGCGCUGGCGUCCAUGAUCUCGGGCCGCAGCUCGUCGCCGUGGCUCGCGCGCCGCACCAGCCCCGCCAACUCGUCGGGCGACUCGGCCAUCGCCAGCUGCCACGAGGGCGGCAGCACCUACGGCAAGGAGGACCAGGAGCCGCCCAAGAGCCACGAGAGCCAGGAGGACGCCUGCUCGCAGCCCCUGUGGCCCGCAGACUACCGCGCCGUGCAGGUCAAAGAGGAGCAGGUCUCCCCCUCGAACUUACAGGACGGCCCCGGCGGCGGAGGAGGAGGAGGGUCCGGCGGCGGGGGCCGAGGUGCCCAGAGUGGCGGAGGGCCCGCGGGGGAGCAGGGCGCCGGAGGCGAGGGCGGCUGGCAGCCCUCCGGUUCCGGGCGGAGGAAGAACCGCAAGAACAAGGACACGGUGCGGCACAUCACCCAGCAGGCGGAGGGGGACAGCCGGGCCACGUCGCCACUGCCCUCCAUGCUUGCCUCGGCCGGCUGGAACUUCGGCAACCAGGACAUGCCAGGGUCAGAUGUGAUGGAGGCCAAUAGCUCGGACAGUCGCAGUGAGCGCCUGGACUUCUUCGUGAAGCAGGAGGCCGGCCUGGCGUCCGAGGGGUCCUUCCUGGGGGCCUCCCUGGGCUCGGAGCGGGACGACGGGGGCCCCGGGGCUGGCAGCGGGCCGCAGGGCAGUUCGGUGGCCAACCUGCGGGCAGCGCUGAUGAGCAAGAACAGCCUGCUGUCGCUGCGCUCCGAGAUCCUGUCCGAGGACAAUCCACUGCUGUUCGAAUACCUGCCCAAGGGGUCGGGCCACUCGCUGUCCCUGAACGACUUCACGGUGAUCAGGAAGAAGUUCAAGUGUCCGUACUGCAGCUUCUCGGCCAUGCACCAGUGCAUCCUGAAGAGGCACAUGCGCUCGCACACGGGGGAGAGGCCCUACCCCUGCGAGAUCUGCGGCAAGAAGUUCACCCGCCGCGAGCACAUGAAGCGCCACACCCUGGUGCACAGUAAGGAUAAGAAGUACGUGUGUAAGGUGUGCAGCCGUGUGUUCAUGUCGGCGGCUAGCGUGGGCAUCAAGCACGGCUCACGGCGGCACGGCGUGUGUGCCGACUGCUCCGGCCGCGGCAUGGGUGCCCUGCUGGACCCCGGGGUGGACGACAACGGAGACGCAGACGGAGACGGAGAGGCCGACGCAUCGCCCGAGCACGAGAUGUACGCGGCCGACGGUGACCAGGACGUGGACGGGGACGAGGAGAUGCUGCUGGGGGAGACUGAGGAGGAGGCGACCACGGGGGGAGAGGGAGGAAGAGGAGGAGGAGGAGGAAGAGGAGGAGGAGGGAAAUGGAGAGACCACUCAGGGACGGAGGACGGGACGGACGGCAACGAGAAGGAGGAGAGCGACUCUGCGCAGGAGAGUGACCUGAGGCCCGGCCGCGACAAGGACUUCGCCUGGAUCUCUUAGUCUCGCCCGGCGACGUCCAGCACGGAGAGUCACGUUACUUUUUUAGUGACCCCCUCCACUCGGCGGGAGAAGAAGAGGAGGGGUCAAGUGUCCGUGUGUGUGUGUGUGCGUGUUAGCUGGCUUUAAGCGAUACCACCACCACCACUAACACGCGUGACGUGACGUGACGUGACGUGACAACAUUGUUCUUACACACCUGUCCCUCACCUAUAGGUCGGUGUCAGCUGAGGGGCAGUUUGAGAGCGUUUACGGUGGAGAGCGGACGGUGCAGCUGGCUGGAUGGGAGAUGGACACUCUUGCUUUUACGCGCCUGAGUCUUCUGAGGACCAGUCGAGGUUUCCGUCUCGUUGUUUUUUCGUUGGUUUUCUUCGUCGCGUUUUGUACAUUUUCUUUUUCACGCAGAGAGAGAUUUUUGUCGAAGGCUCCCAAUAGCCACUACUUCCCUGACAGCCACCGCCGUGGCGAUAUGAUGCUUGCUGACGGGUCAUGAAGUUACAGUGGAAAAGCUAUCUGCAAGCAGGGUUUUUGUUUGGCUCCUUGCCAUGCAGGUGUCUGUCUGCUUUGGGAGCGCUG